AUGCACUCGUCUUCCCGCGUUUCUGUCGCUUGCGAGGCCUGUCGGAAACGGAAACGCAAGUGCGAUGGCUCACGUCCAGUCUGCUCCUAUUGUCUAGAACGAGACAGGGCCUGCGAGUAUACGGCCGAGAAGCGCAUCAAGCGCAGAGUGGAUCCGGACUAUGUGCGAACGCUGGAAGAUGAGAUUGCAAUGCUAAAAGAGGAAUUGGCACAGACACAAUCCUCCAGACCAGCCGUAUUGGAUGAUGAUAUAGUUCAUGCUCAGGCGGAGUCGAAGCGAAACAGUGAAGAAGAUGGCGCUGUUGCCAUCCAGGAUAGUAUGACCACAGCGAUCGAGGAUGUAAGCGCCCUUAUAUGGCGCAUGACUCUUGAUAGAAAUGGCGAUGCAUCGUUUGUUGGUCCAUCUGGAAACUUCUGUUUCCCCGUCACCCACUGGGACGAUGCAGACCUUCGAGAGAGAAAAAGUCCUGUGGCCACGCCAACAAACUCCAUACCGGGAGCACCGGAUAUGCCAGGCCCAUGGUCAGAUCAGGUUCACAUACUCGGGAUUACCAACCACCUGGUUGAUUUGUUCACGAACUUGAUCAACCCUAUUCAGCAGUUUCUCGACAGCGAGACCCUCGAUCAACUCCGUCGUGAUGGUCUGAGUCGCGGCCUACGCUUGGUCAAAACCGCCGUGCUGGCCGCGGCAGCUCUCUUUGCCGAUGACGCGCAGAGCAAGGCAAUUGGCGAUGAAGCAGCUGCCGCCUUUGACAAGACAUCACUACAGCUCUGCCGUGAGUUACCAGAAAUAUCAACGAUACAGGCUCUCUCCAUUAUGUCGUGGAGAGAGCUAGGCUUGGAGCAACAUAAUAUGGCCUGGAUGUAUAACUCAAUGUGUGCCAGUCUAGUUAUACACCUAGGCCUGCCAGUAAUCAUGACUCCAGAAGAAGAGCCUGCCAGUCAAACGUCUGUCUUGAUGGACCGGAUUGCAACCUCUCUGCUAGGUAGGUACUGUUUGAUCCCGUGGAGAAGGAUCAAAUGCUCCUCCUUCCUCAGCGCUGUCGGUCCUUUGCCAUCUCUGGACGAGCUGGCAUUCGACAGCCAAUGUCGCCUCUGGUUCAUCCAUGACCAGUACAUGGACAAAAUUUACUCCUACCAGUUCUCUGAACUUGACAGCGCCGAGAGAUCCCGCGUUCUCCUCGUCGCACGCGACCAGCUCCUCUCCUUCCAUCAACAGAUCCACCCCUCCCUCCUGAUAUCAAGCACCAGCAUCAACAAUCAGACUCCUACUCCUGCAAUGAUCUAUCUCCACAUUUCUUACCACACAUCCUUCAUCCUCAUCCACCGCCCUUAUCUCAAAGCAGCCGUCCGAAACAACUUGACAACAUACCGCCUCGCUAUUCGCUCUGUCACCACCGCCGCCGCAUCCAUCGUCCGUCUCCUCCGUACUCACGCCAAAAUUCUUCCACUCUCCUCGGCCCCACCUUUCAUUGUUCAUAGCGUGCUCACGGCCGCCGUGACGCAUCUUUGUAACGCAACUAGCACGCAUAAUACCUUGCGUAGCCAGUCGAUUGCUCACUUCCGCGUGUGUUUCCGGGCGCUGCUCGUGAUGCAGAGUAGAUGGGUUAAGGCGAAAAAUGCAUUAAGGCUAUUACGGGGGCUCGCGCAAAGAUGGCGAGCUAUGGGGGCCUUACCGUUGCAGUAUGGAUUCGAGGUUGGUGGGGGUGGUGGAGCCGAACAAACCGGAGGGAGAAAGGCAAAAGCAGAGAGUGGGGAAGAGGAGGAGAGGGAAGAAGAAAGGGUGAAUAUAGACGCGGAGAGAGAGGAGGAUGGGGUUAUGGUCGAUUCUGAGAUAAGUUGGUCAUGGGCUGCGAAUGCUGAUGCAGUGAAUCCUAAUUUCGAUGGCAACGAAAUGGAUAUCUUCGAUAGUAUCCAGCCCGAGACCUUUGUCUUAGAUACGGAUUACCGGCAGUGGGAGUGGUCUGUGGGGUGUGGCAUCUGA